GAUUACGUGCCGUCGUCUGAUACAUACGGACAUACAUAAUAUGUCGUGUUAAAAGCCUCCCUGACUGAGAGUGAAGUGCUAUGUAACAUCAUAAUUUGUAGGAAAAAAGUAGUCUCACAACCACUCCAGUCACAAAGUCAGUAGUCGAACCGUGCCAGACGUUGGGAGACAAGAUCUAAAUCUGUAUCUACUUGAGGAGAGGAUCAAGUUGGAGACAAAUUGUUUCUUUGAACCGUUCAUCAGCCGAGAAGAUUUUAAAGAUUUCUCUCGUAACUGCUGCACCUUUAAAUCCGUCACCGCAAAAACUGUAUACACAUUGCGCAUUCUUCUUGGAGAUUUUUGAGGAUGCCAUCAAAAUCAACGUUUAAAAAAAAUCAUGGUCAACAUUAUGGAAUGCUUUUCGGAUAUUCAAGAAUGUGGAUGAAUGCCCGACCACCGACAUCAUCAGGCAGCAGAAGGCACAAGAGUAUGUAGAGCUGCAUACUAAAAACUGAAGGCGUCGGCUCGUAAAUUGUGAUUGAUACCUGCAAAUUUGCAUAAUGGAUUUUAUCCCGAUUUGAACAUUCCUAUAAUGUUUUGCAAAAUAAGGGGCAUUUAUUUUUAAACUGAAGUCUGCACUACGUACGUCGUGCACAUAAAAAUAUGAGAUUUUAUAUACAUAACUAGUCUAUGAUAAUUCAACUUUUAGCAAGAAAUAUACAUACGACCGAGGAUCUUUAUCUAGUCACUUAGUCUCCUUUUCUCUGCACAGUCUCUCUACAUCAAAUAACAGAGAUGGUAAAAUGCAACGUGGAUAAUUGUUGCAAUAAGUUUGUGAUCAUGUGUGUCUGAGAAAUUAAUCUCAUGAAAUUGAACCCAUAGCCAAGUAAAGUGUCUCAAAAAGUACGACGGGUGCCAAAAAAAUAUGCAAUAGUGUCUCAAGUUCACUCAAUCUGCUGAUAAACAAGGAAUCAAUUGUCUUCAAACUAUGCAACUAACUGCGGACAAAGAACAGAACAAAACAUGGAUUGAACUCAUGAACCUAAGUACGCGACGCAUUAUAAUGCCUGCAAAUAAUACAGUACACUACGUCAUGUGAUAAAAUGUGAUUCAUAUACAGAAAAAAAUAUUCAAUUUCUACUACUCAGAGAUAAACUUCAUUAUUCAGAGGUUCUUCUUCUUGUGACAGUUUUUACAUGCAUAUGCAAAAUAUAUCCAAAAACGAAUCAAAAUGAAUCAAAAUCACAAUAAAAUGAUGAGAGUUUUAUUAAAAUUAACUUUAUUGCUGCUACUCGCCCUCCAAAUCGUUUCCUGCAGCGACGAUAAAAGUGAUUCCAGUACAAAUAUCAAAAGUGCAAAUGAAGGUGAAAAUGGUGACGCAAGUGAAGUGUCUGAAUUUAGAGCUUUUGACGAAGCAACUCCUCCCCCUCGACAUCAUCAGCAUAGUCAAAAGAAGCAUCAAAGCAGAUCACGUCACCAGACUUUGUUGCGCGUCGUGGAUCAAGAACAAGAGGCCAUUCCUCCCACGCCAUGGAAUUCCCGAGACCCCGCCGCCGUCGAAGGUGAUGACAUGGUUGGGGAGGAUGUAAGAGGACAGCCAAAUAAGGAAUUUGAUGAUGGGACAAGUACAAAAAAGAACACGGAUAACCGUCCAAACAUUAUCUUAAUCAUGACGGACGACCAGGAUGUGGAACUUGGAAGUAUGGAAUACAUGCCGGAAACGUUGAAAAUAUUUCGUGAUAAUGGUGUUGAGUUUCGACAUGGAUAUGUCGCAACGCCAAUGUGCUGCCCUAGUCGAAGUUCUAUCCUUACGGGAUUAUACGUUCAUAACCACAACACGUUCACCAACAAUGAUAAUUGUUCCAGUAUUAUGUGGCGAGAAAAGUAUGAGAAAAAGACAUUCGGUGCUCAUCUUUAUUCAUCGGGGUAUUACACGUCGUACGUUGGGAAAUAUCUCAAUAAAUAUGAUGGAUCUCAUAUCCCCUUUGGUUGGAACGAAUGGAACGGUCUGCUCAUGAACUCGAGAUUUUACAACUACACGGUAAACGUUAAUGGGAAAAAGUUUCGACACGGAAACGAUUAUGAAAACGAUUAUUAUCCAGACGUGAUUGCCAAUGAAACCCUCGAGUUUUUAACCCGGGUAGGAAAUGAUGAAAGUAGACGACCGUUCCUCCUGGUUUCCAGUUUCCCGUCUCCUCAUGGGCCUGAAGAUUCGGCUCCACAAUAUUCCGAAAUGUUUCUUAACGUCACAACUCAUCACACGCCAAGUUACAACUUUGCUCCGAACUCUGAUAAACAAUGGAUUCUCAGACAGACCAACGCAAUGACACCGAUACUCAAAGAAUUUACAAACCUCUUGAUGGCCAAAAGACUGCAAACUUUGCAAAGCGUGGAUGUUGCGGUCAAAGCAAUAAUGGAUAAAUUGAAGGAGACCGGGCUAGAUAAGACCACGUAUGCCUUCUACACCUCGGAUCAUGGCUAUCAUGUUGGACAAUUUGGGUUGGUCAAAGGCAAGUCAAUGCCGUACGAAUUUGACAUUCGGGUCCCUUUCUUCCUUCAUGGUCCACCCAGCGAGGUGAAGAAAGGUAUACAAAUUCUCGAGCCGGUCAUGAACAUCGAUCUCGCUCCAACCUUCCUGGAUUUGGCUGGAAUCCACGUUCCCGAUGAAAUGGACGGGAGAAGUAUUGUCCCACUAAUAAAACGGUACGGACCCAAACCACCCGAGUCAAACGUACCUUUUGUUUGGAAGGAUGUCUUCCUAAUUGAAAGUUCAGGACGAAGGGACACACAUUUACCCACCACCGCUCCAAGUGUAACGCCACAACCUUUAAAAAAAUCUAGGAAAUUUCGGGACGAGAAACGUAGGCCGUUACAAGCUGACAACGAAACAAUUCGUAUCAACACGCUGUGUCAACUUCAUCCUCAUCCUUGUCUCCCCGGUCAGAAGAAAUACUGCAGAAAAGAGAGGGAUCAAAACGAACAGAAAAUACAGCUUCGAAAAUGUCGUCAAUCCGACUUUGUGGAGGAUCCUUUCAUGAUAUCACCCCAAGUUUAUGAUCCCCUGUACCAAUUAAUCAGUACAAAUAAUGAUAACAAUUCCACCACCUUCCCCGAAGCGGAAUCACCAGGAUUUCCCUCAAAACGAUGUCGAUGUCGCUAUAAGCGAUCCGACAUCGACACGGAAUUGGAAGAAUUUGACUGGGAUAAAGAAAGAAAAAUUAUUGAUGAAGAGAUCGAAUUACUCAAGAAAAGAAUAGAUGCUCUACGCCAAAGGAGGCGAUCAAUGCGUCGAAAAUGGUUGGUGGACAAUAAUCUUGCGACAGACCCUUCCACCACAGAACCGGAGAAUGCAACCACAUCUAAACCUAUUCAUAAUGCCAGGCGAGGAAAAGGUCACAAUAUUUCACAGCACAAGGAUAAAACCGGUGGUCAAAAUAACAGAAUUGUGACAACUUCUUCCACUCAACCUCCCACAACGACAACUUUGAUCACAACCACCACAGUCACCGAGAGUGAAGAGGAAGAUGACGAGGACGACGAGGAUGAAGACCUUGACGACGAUGACGAAGAAGACGAUGAGAACGACACCAGCGAAGAUGAUGAAGAAGAGGACGACGAGGAUGAACCGAUAACCACACCCACAACAACAAUUCUUCCAACUUCAACGCCUACUACUACCACUACAACUACAACCACUAGUACAACCACUACUCCAACCACAACGACAAAAAAUUCUCAAGUAUUUGGAAAAGUGAACACUAAUUUUAUACCGAGUCAUAACAAGUCAAAUCAUGGAACAUUUCAACAACGUACAAGACCAAUGAUGGGACCUAAUAAUAAAAAGAGAAAGCAGGAACUCGGACUAGAUUUUGAAGGUGAUUUCGAAUUGGAUUCGUUUGUUCGGCACAAACAUAGGAAUAGAAAUCGACACAGGAAUCGUCACCGACCAAAGUUCAAUAAUAAUGGUCAACUUGAACCGAGGUCUAAUAUAAAUGAGAGCGAUACAAAUAAGGAAGGUACGGAUGGUGAAGCGCAAAUAUGUGAUUGCAACAAUGAUCCCCGGUGGAUUAGGCAGAGAGAAAGAGAAGAUCGGAAGCGGAAGAAAUUGCUCAGUAAAUUUAGAAAGAAGCAAAAGUACAUGAAGAGGAUUGAAGACCCUGUAAUUUUGAAACAGGCCGAAACCUGUGGAGCAGAAGAGAAGAUGAAUUGCUUUUGGCAUGACAGUGACCACUGGAAAACAGCACCAUUUUGGACAAGUGGAUCCUUCUGCUUUUGCAUGAACUCAAAUAACAACACAUAUUCCUGUCUCAGAUCUGUGAAUGCAACACACAACUAUCUCUACUGCCAGUUUGUUACAGGGUUCAAAAUGUAUUUUGAUCUUCGACAAGAUCCGUAUCAACUGUACAACACGAUUGGAAGUUUACCUGCCGCACAAGAAGAUUGGAUGCUCGUGCAAUUGAUCAGAUUAAAGAAGUGUAAAGGUCGAGCUGAAUGUUGGGGCGAAAUUGACGUGAAUGAGCAAGCAAUCCAGUCUUCAAUCUGGGAGCAGAUUUUCGGAAGAUGGCCCAGGAAGAAGAAACGAGGUCAUAGAAGGAAGCAAAUUAAUGUAGAUUAGUGAUAAUAACAUGACAUUUUUUAUAGUGGGUUGAGGAGUUAGUGCAUAUCCGUGAGCAACUAUUGUUAUAAUAACAUUGUGAGAAAUGUUCUUUGUGAUAUGACAAAUCGUAUUUAUUUGUGCAUAACAGUAUUCAUUUGACAAUUUAAUACAUAAUCGUCCUACAUAGAUUUAUUUAUUCUUAUUUCGUUCUGUGGUUAUUUAUCAAUCAAUUUUAUGCUUGCCUGGUUUUUGUUUAAUUAAAAUAUAUUUCUAGCAUUUAUAAUUAAUUAAUUAAGGAAUUUGUAGAUGUCAAGCGCAUUUUUUUAAAUAAAGUAAAAAUCUAAGAAGCAGAA